AUGCGCGCGGUUCGUAAUUGGCAAAGGGCGGAUUUCUUCCGUCACAUCCCGAGGGAUCUUACAGAGUCCACAACUGCCGGCUCCAUCAUCUCGAUCGCGUGCGUUGUCUUGAUGGCUCUGCUGUUUGCCGGGGAGGUCAUCUCUUACGUUUUCCCUCGCAUCCAGUCUGACAUGAUUAUCAUGCCGGAUCUGGACGAUCAGAACACCAUCAAGGUAUCCAUGGACAUGACGUUCCCGAAGAUGCCCUGCGCCGUGUUGACUCUCGACAUCCUCGACGUUCUGCACAACCACAUGUUCAACUCGAUGGAGCACAUUACCCGAACGCGCCUUGAUGCCGCAGGGCAGCCGAUCUCCGAUGGGCGCUCCAGUGACGACUUUGUCAGCGUCGCGGAGGGGUGUCGCCUCGAGGGCUACAUCAAAGUUGGCAAAGUCCCCGGUAACUUCCACAUCUCAUCCCACGGGCGGCAGCAUCUGCUUGCGCAGCACUUCCCGAACGGUAUCAACGUCGAGCAUAGUAUCCAUCACCUGUCCUUUGGUACCACUGAUGUAAAGAAGCUUGCCAAGAAGGCUGCGCUGCACCCGCUUGAUGGGAAAGAGCACCGGAGCGAGGUGCCGAUGGUCUACCAGUACUUCCUCGAUAUUGUGCCCACAAUCUACGAGAGCAGCUUCUCCACCGUCCACACGUACCAGUUUACGGGGACGUCGAGCAGCACUCCCGUGCCCGCGAGGCAGAUGGCUGCCGUUGUCUUCCAGUACCAGCUGUCCCCCAUCACUGUGCGCUACUCGCUCGCACGCGUCUCGUUGACCCACUUUCUGACGUACGUCUGCGCUAUCAUCGGCGGCGUCUACACCGUGGCGGGAUUACUGUCGCGCUUCGUGCACAGCUCUGCAGCUCAGUUUCAGCGCCGUGUACUGGGCAAGGGGGACUAA